AUGUCGCAUUUUGUUUGUCAGCGACCAACCAAGUCCCGGCGACAGGAAGGAUCAGCCGAAGUGGAAGGUCCCAUCUGGAACUUGUGGGCCCGUGAUAUCGAGUGUGGCGCCGGAACCCUUGAGAAUGCGGGGAAGCCGUAUCGAAGCGAGGGACGCUCCUGCUGCCUUUUGGCGAAGCGUCCGUCUGACGUGACGGCUUGAUUUUGUGCCUUUGGAUUUUGGCGCUAGAGCCAGCCGCUCGCCCAACGCUGCUUCAAAAACACAGCGAGAUUACAGCGUCAAGUAGACUGACUCACGUGUUCGCCAUGCCUUUGGCCCAGAUGCAACGCCCAGCUGAUGGGAUCAGCACCACACCCACAACACCCACCACACCGACAACACCCACAACACCUACCACA